CCAGGUGUGUGUGGGUGUUGUGGUGCCCUUCGCCCCAGAUACAAGAGACUGGUUGACAAUAUCUUCCCAGAGGACCCAGAGGAUGGCCUCGUGAAGACCAACAUGGAGAAGCUGACCUUCUAUGCUCUCUCAGCUCCAGAGAAACUGGACCGGAUCGGUGCCUACCUCUCUGAAAGGCUUAUCCGAGACGUGGGCCGCCAUCGAUAUGGGUAUGUGUGCAUUGCAAUGGAAGCUCUGGACCAGCUGCUUAUGGCCUGCCACUGUCAGAGCAUCAAUCUCUUUGUAGAAAGCUUCCUCAAGAUGGUGGCCAAGCUGUUGGAGUCCGAGAAGCCCAAUCUGCAGAUCCUAGGCACAAACUCGUUUGUGAAGUUUGCCAACAUAGAAGAAGACACUCCUUCCUAUCAUCGGAGCUAUGAUUUCUUCGUGUCACGAUUCAGUGAAAUGUGUCACUCCAGCCAUGAUGACUUGGAGAUCAAGACCAAGAUCCGUAUGUCAGGCAUCAAAGGCCUGCAAGGGGUGGUGAGGAAGACAGUGAAUGAUGAGUUGCAGGCCAACAUCUGGGACCCACAGCACAUGGACAAGAUUGUCCCUUCGCUGCUGUUCAACCUGCAGCAUGUAGAGGAAUCUGAGAGCAGGUCUCCCUCGCCCUUACAAGCCACAGAGAAAGAAAAGGAGAGCCCAGCAGAGCUGGCUGAGAGGUGUCUUCGAGAGUUGCUGGGCAGGGCCGCCUAUGGCAACAUCAAAAAUGCCAUCAAGCCUGUACUCAUUCACCUAGAUAACCAUUCUCUCUGGGAACCCAAGGUGUUUGCCAUCCGUUGUUUUAAAAUCAUCAUGUAUUCAAUUCAGCCCCAGCACUCCCACCUUGUGAUCCAGCAGCUCCUGAGUCACCUGGAUGCCAACAGCCGCAGUGCAGCCACCAUCCGUGCAGGCAUCGUGGAAGUCCUGGCUGAAGCAGCUGUCAUUGCUGCAACUGGCUCUGUUGGUCCCACAGUACUAGAGAUGUUCAACACAUUGCUGAGGCAGCUACGGCUCAGUAUUGACUAUAUCCUGACUGGCAGCUAUGAUGGAACCAUCAGUGUUGGCAGCAAGAUCAUCAAGGAGCAUGAGGAGAGAAUGUUUCAGGAGGCUGUUAUCAAGACCACUGGUUCCUUUGCUAGCAUACUGCCCACCUAUCAACGGUCCGAAGUAAUGCUUUUCAUCAUGAGCAAGGUCCCACUGCCCUCUCUCCAACACUCCAUUGAGACUGGAAAGACAGGGGAGAACAGGAACCGACUGACCCAGAUCAUGCUGCUGAAAUCCCUCCUUCAGGUUUCCACAGGCUUCCAAUGCAGCAACAUGCUGACUGCCUUGCCCAGCUCCUUCCUGGACCGGCUUCUUUCUUCAGUACUCAUGGAGGAUGCUGAGAUCCGCCUCUUUGUCCUGGAGAUCCUCAUCAGCUUCAUUGAUCGUCAUGGAAACCGCCACAAGUUCUCCACCAUCAGCACUCUUAGUGACAUCUCUGUCCUAAAACUGAAGGUAGACAAGUGCUCACGGCAAGACACUGUAUUCAUGAAGAAGCAUUCUCAGCAGCUCUACAGGCACAUUUACAUGAGCUGCAAAUUGGAGAACAAUGUUCAGAAACACUACGAAGCUCUCUACAGCAUGCUGGCACUCAUCAGCAUUGAACUGGCCAAUGAGGAAGUGGUGGUGGACCUGAUUCGCCUGGUGCUGGCUGUACAGGAAAUGGCCCAUAUAAAUGAAGAAAAUUUGCCUGUGUACAACCGUUGUGCCCUCUAUGCCCUGGGAGCUGCCUACUUGAACCUCAUCAGUCAGCUUACUGCUGUGCCAGCUUUCUGCCAGCACAUCCAUGAGGUCAUAGAGACCAGACAGAAGGAAGCACCAUACUUGCUCCCAGAAGAUGUGUUUGUGGAAAGUCCUAGGUUGUCCCAGAGCCUAGAUCAAAUGGUGAUCGAAUUUCUGUUCCGUCAGAGCAAGAUCAGUGAAGUCCUAGGGGGCAGUGGCUACAACUCCGACAGGCUCUGUACACCUUAUAUCCCUCAGCUGACUGAUGAAGAUCGCUUGUCCAAGAGGAAGAGCAUCGGUGAGACCAUUUCCCUUCAGGUGGAGGUAGAAUCUAGGAAUAGCCCAGAGAAGGAGGAGAGAGUCCCUGCUGAGGAGAUUACCUACGAGACCCUAAAGAAGGCCAUUGUGGAUAGCGUGGCAGUAGAAGAACAAGAGCGGGAGCGCCGACGGCAGGUGGUCGAGAAGUUCCAGAAGGCACCUUUUGAGGAGAUUGCUGCGCACUGUGGGGCCCGGGCAUCACUGCUACAAAGCAAGCUCAACCAGAUCUUUGAAAUCACCAUUCGACCUCCCCCAAGCCCAUCUGGUACCAUCACAGCAGCCUAUGGGCAGCCACAGAACCACUCCAUCCCUGUCUACGAGAUGAAAUUCCCUGAUUUGUGCGUAUACUGAGUGCCAAGAGUCAGAGCCCCUGUGGAGGAUGGGUCUGGGAGAGGGGA